CAAUGAAACGCUUGAGGAGAAAUGUCCAAUCCUACUGUCAAUCAUUACGAGAAAUUGGUUUGAUGGGAAGUUUGAAUGGCGUGACAGGCAUUGUCUCGAUUUCUAUGCGAUACGGUAACCCAAUCCCACUCUCAUUCAUCAUGAUUCCUUCACUUUUCUUCAUCAAAACCGACGUAAGGAAAAUGAAAAAUGAGUUCGCCAUCGUUUAUCAGAGAACGAAUUUUGGAGCUGCUAGUUUGGAGUAAUAUCAGGAAUGGAGAGUGAUGGGCAUGCAUGCAGAACAUGCUCUAUUAGCUGUGUAGCUCGCCACCCUUCUUCGCUUUUCAACUCGAAUGGGUUAUCUUUUUUUAAGGUUAUGACGGGCGAUUUUACUUCUUUUUUGGAAAUCCCAUGGAAGUUUGCAGACAGAAUGCAGAAUGGGCUCUGUAGAGAUGCCCUUCUCAUCGGACUAAAUGGCCGCUUGUGGCCGACAAAAAUUUGUGUAAACAAUGGUCUUGCAAAUUUCAGAAAUGGGUGGGAAAGUUUUGUUUCUGAUAACUGUCUGAAUGGUGGAGAUAUUGUUGUUUUCAGACAUGUCACUCAUACUGAUUUUGUCGUGCAAAUUUUUAGAGCCAAUGGCUAUGAAAAACAGUGUGCUAAAUUGGAAAUUCCUUCGGGGGUUUGCAAUAAUGGGGGGAAAUCAUUUGCUUGUCUCGAAAUUAUUCAUACUGAGGAGGAGAAUAAUGAGGCCACUAGGAUUAUAACUGCCAGAGAGGAAAAAGACACAGAGCUAGAGCUGGCAUGCAAUCUUGCAGCGGUGAAAAAUCUGGCAGAGCCCGCUCUUGUACCUGAAAUGGAACACAAAGUUUCUCGGUUACAGUCCCCUUGCUCAGCAAAGAAAAGUAAGCUGAUUAAAGUUCAGAAAACACAAAAUACCUUAUGCACGGCAAGAAAAAGUAAGCUGAAGAAUGUUCAAGCAACACAAAAUGAAAUUAGCUCCAAAAGUUUUGUUGCAGAGGUUAUGAAUCUGGUCAGAACAGAAAAUCCGAAGUUUGGGAAGUUCAUGGCAGAAAGUUCAGUUAAGGAUAGAUGCAGACUUAGCAUCCCAAGAAAUUUUGGUAGACAGUGGUUACAGAAACAACAUGAUGUAGUACUGAAUAGCCAUGAACUUUCUAACACAUGGGUGGCGAAUAUACAAUCCCAGUCUCACUUUUAUGGGUUAUCAUCAGGAUGGCGAGAUUUCGUUGAGGCACAUAAUCUGAAGGAAAAUGAUGCUUGUGUUUUUGAGUUGGUAGACAAGAAGCAUAGCAUUUUCAAGGUGCAUGUAUUUAAGUGUAAGGAAUUCCAAAGGCAAAAGUUGCUGAAAAUGUGAACUGCGAAGACAACAAAACUCAUUCUGUGGCAAAGCAUUUUUUGGAGACUGUCAUCACAUAGAUUGUGUUUUAUAAUUUAUUAAUAGUUUCUGAUAGCGAGAGGACUGUUUUUCACA